CGCAGCUCACUCGCACGGGCGUUCCAAAGACGAUACCCAUUCACAGCAACGAACUGUUGGUCACGGGUGCAGCAUAAUCAUUUAUUCUACAUAUAUCGUCUAAUAGCCCGAUGGCUGGCCAAAGCAAAGGCCUUUUUGAACAGGAGAACAUUCAUCAAAGCAAAUCAACCCAUUGGAGUAGGCAGCCACAUCACAGACCUAUACUCAGCGAGACUUCGACCAACAUAGUGCUCCCCAGAGCAGCUGUUUUGUCCAAUCACUAUCCCACUGGCAAGCCGAGAAGUCUGCGACCGUCAACCGGUCAUACCCUCGAUGCGAUAGGAUCGAAGCCGGAAGCAGCAGCAGUCCCUACGAAGGAGCAGAGAUGGAAUGAAGACGGACACCGGGCUGCCGAGACAGCCACCAUGGUCGAGAUCAGCGUUACCCAUACGCCCCAGCUAAAACACGCGAACACUUUCCCGUGCACACCAAAUCCCAGGAUACCGCUGGAGGACCUCAUUGGAGAUUGCGAUGCCGCGAAACAUGUUGCGCCAGUAGAGGAGUCGCCCGAGGAGCAAAUUUCAUGGGUCCCAAACAGUUCCUCAAAUGUUAUGACACCCCAUCACAAACGAAAACGAGCACGAAGUUCGUCGCCUGUCUGUCCCACAACAUGCUCCCAGCAGCGCAAGGCGGCAUUGCAAGCCGCACAAACGCAGAGCGCCGACAAGCCCUCACCAGAAGCAGAUCCUACAGCUGACCUCUGGAGGCUUUAUGCAAAUGGCAAACCGAUCGAUAAUAUUGCUGAAUUGACAAAGUCAGCUUUCGAAGCAUCGCCGCGACCAUUGCUCGAAACUCCGGUCAGAAGCGGCGGAUUCCGACGAUGGGUAAGCACAGGGAACGAUUGGCCAAACAGUCGUAAUAAAAGGGUUUGCAUGAAUACCCGCACGAACAUCAAGUUGUGGCAGGAUCACACGGCGGCCGAGACCGGCGGGAAGAGUAAAGUCGCGGCGAUGGUCGAAAAGAUACAAGAGUCCUUGUCGUCUCAGAGUCUCUUGGCUGCACAACAUCAGAGUGUCAAUGAAAAGAGUGAGGCUCCCUCCAGCUCGAGUCCUCUUCCUGGGGUCAAAAUGGCGCGUACGCAGGAGCGGUCAGGCUUCAGUCCUGUGCGCAAGGCUGUGAUGAAAGACAGAUUCAAUCGGAGGGCAAUGGAUAUUCAUACCGAGUCAGCAGAUGAUGCUGACAGGAACCGCACAACACGUCAGCCGCCAGCCAUACUAGAACUCACCUUGGGUCAUUCCGUGGAAUCGAAAAAUAUAGUUGCAUCGGAUAUUCCGGGUUUAGCACCUUUACAUUUUCGCAAGCAGGGCCUACUUCCUGCGUAUAAAAGGCCCUCGAUCGUCAGAGCUCCUAUUGCGACGAAGCCCGAUGCCGUUGUCAAAGCUGGCCCAGUGUUAGCACAAGCAAUGGACGAGUUUGCUGAAGACUUCGAUCUCACGGCCGAUGACAUUGAUGAAAUCAUGGGCGAACUCCCUGCCGUUUCAGGAGGUUCAAAGCAGGGCUCGAUUGAGGACCGCGAAGCUGUUUCCCAUAGUAUCGAUCUUACUGAGACCGAUCAUAACUCCGGAUAUAGACCAAAUCCACGGAUACCACACCUGAAGAGCAACGAUGAUGAGUUUGGAGGAAGUGAUAUCGAUGAAGAUGAUUUUGCUCUAGCGGAUGUGUGCGCCACGCAAGCGCUUCGGGUCAGUCGAGAUUGACCACACUACGAUGAUCAUGUAGCUUAUGAAUGUAUAGAUGCUGCCUCAUGAACUCCA